CCCUUGUGCUUAUAAGCGACCAAAUACAGUACUUUUCAUCCCAUUCCCAGCUAAUGCUCCUGCUACAAAACCUUGGAGAAUGUCCGCAGCAACCACGACUAUGAGCCCCUGGGACCAGGCGGCGGCCGAUUACAGUAACCUGAGCGCCACCCACACCCCAGCACAGCGAGGAGACGACGACUCGGAGCUACUUAUCGACGCCAUAGAGCUGGUCAUCAACUGUUUCCUCAUCCACAUCAUCGCCGCUGUGGGCUCCGCCUGUAACAUCAUCACCGUGCUGGUCCUGCUCAAAGCCGGCACCUCGGACACCAACACGAUCAUCCUUCUGUCUCUGGCGGUCUGUGACCUCGUCUUUCUCCUCACACUCAUGGUCCGGAAGAUGGACUGCGUCAUUGCCAGGUUUGACCCAGUGAGCGCGGUGAACUACCUGGCAUAUAUGACCGUCUACGUCACCGCGGCGUCCCGGAUGGCUAUGCUGAUCUCGUCAGGUCAUAUUGUCGUUAUAUCUGUGGAGCGAUUCAUCGCUGUCAUGUUCCCGUUCAAGGCGAAGACUCUGUGCUCUCGUGGCCGUGUGCUGGCCGUGGUGUUGGGCCAGUAUGUCGCUAUGCUCAUCUCCGGGGGCCCUAUCCUCGGCUACUGCACUCUUGAAUGGUCGUUCGACGCAAAGCUAAAUGUCACUGUCGCCACAGCUCAAUACUCAAAGUUUUACCUAGAUCACUUCGACGGUUUGCAGUUCUUCAACUCAAUAGGCCUCGGAAUUGUGCGAGGGUCUGUGUCUUACCUCAUCGUCAUCAUUUGCUGCGGAGCUGUGGUCUAUCGGCUGCGACAAGUGAGCGUGCAGAGACUUGGUAUGGCGGCAAAGCCAGGUCGCCAGGUGGACGUGAAGGUAUCGCGCAUGCUCCUGGCGGUGUGUGUGGUGUUUGUCAUCACCAAUGUGGCCACGUUUGCCGUGUUUCUCUAUUCUUACCAGACAGAGGAAGCCAACUUGAUCAGCCGUCUCUUCUAUUUUCUCAUCAACAUAGAAGAAGCCCUGUUUGCCCUGAAUUCCAGCGCUAAUUUUUUCAUCUAUAUUUUUAUGUCGAGUAAGUUUUACAAAACUUUUUGGUCACUUUUCUCUUGUGCGAGUUAG